AUGAAUACCGCGAGUUUAAGUGCUCAGGUCAAAGAGCGUAUCAGCUUGGCUCCCGGCCUGCCCAGCCCAAACCCAACACCAUCGCUCUGGCAGCAGCCACCACAUCCCACCGUCGCCAAAAUCCAGUCCAACCUCGCCGAGGAAACAGAUAUUGUGGUAAUCGGGUCUGGCGUGACCGGCUGCGGCGCUGCGCACGCCUUACUGCAUCACUCCGGCGCCGAGGGGCUACGCAUAACCGUGCUGGAAGCCCGAGAAACAUGCAGCGGCGCGACAGGUCGCAAUGGCGGACAUAUUGGAUCCAACAUUAUCGAGAAGCUUCCCGGGUAUGUGGAAACGCAUGGGAUAGAUGCUGCGAUUGAAUCGGCUCGCUUCAGUGAAGCCAAUGCCGCUCGGCUGCUGGAACUCGCUGCGAGCUUAGACUACUCCGAGCGAGAAGCUAUAGAAUUGCGGAAAGUUGUAUCUGGGUGUGCGACUUCCAGUCCAGAGACCCUGGAAUCUUUCAAGCUCGCUGUCAAUUUGUACAAUGAUUCAUAUCCUGGUGGUUUAUUCAAGUUCAAAACCGUCGAGGAUCGGGAGAGAAUCAAGGAAUUUGCAUUCCAAGACAACGUGGUCGGCUUGAUUGAACAGCACGGAGCAGCAGCAUUAUGGCCGUAUCGCUUGUUCACCGCGAUCUUCGAGAAUCUGUUGAGAAAGUUCGAAGGGCGUUUCACUCUACAGACAAACACGCCGGUUGAAACCAUUCAAUAUGAGGAGACACAAUCUCCACCCUAUUCGCUCGUUACGCCCCGAGGCACCAUUCGAGCCCAUAAGAUUAUCCAUUGCACGAAUGGCUUUGCAGGUCAUCUAUUGCCGAACCUAGUGGGACGACUGUUUCCCCUUCGAGGUACCAUGUCGACACAGCAACCGGGGCCAAACUUCCCCAUGUUGGGCGAUCGGACAACGUGGUCCAAGGUGAACAAAUUUACUUAUGACCCUGAAACCGAUCUCUGGGAUACCCAAUAUCACUACGCGCAACAGAAUGCCAAAACCGGGGAUAUAUGGAUUGGAGGCGAAUGCCAGAAACUAUCUGAGCUGUUGAAUAGCGAUGAUUCGACCGUCGGAGAAGCUACUAAGGAGAAGUUAUCUCAGGUCCUACCAAAGAUCUUCGCCAAUGUGGAGCCGCAUCAGGUUCGACAGAUAUGGUCCGGCAUCAUGGCCUUCACAUCCGAUGGACGUCCACUGGUUGGCCCUGUCCCGUCUUCGAUUUCUGGUCGCCAUGGCCCAGGGGAAUGGAUUGCGGCUGGGUACAAUGGCCACGGUAUGGACAAGGCGUUUUUGUCUGGUGAGGCGGCGGCGCGAAUGGCUCUAGGAGAAGAUACUGUUCCAGGAUUGCCGAGGAUAUAUGUACUUGAUGAGGAAAGGGUCAACAGUAUGACAGCAGAUGCGGCUGUUCAGUCACUCAUGUCUCUGUUCUUUUAG